CCUUCAUUUUUGCUUUUUACACAAUGGAGAAGUUUAUUGCUCAUCAAAUAGAAUUGGUCGAGACAGAGAGAAAGAUUGAUGUAGAAGAUACCUUAAAAUUACUAUCUGCUUAUGCUCCCAUUCAACUUCAACGUCGUGGUGUAGCUCUGGUUGGUUUGAAAGUGACAGGCAUGAGAACUGGAUUAGGUGGAAAAAGCUUGAUCGAUCUCGAAUUGGCUAAUCCAAAUAUUUUACCACCUAUUUUUCCCGCUCACAAAAUUACGACGGGUGACAUUGUGGGCUUGGACGAAUACAAGAAAGAUAAACCAUCAAAACAAGCAGCUCGUUGGUCCGGUGUUGUACUUCGAGUCAGCGAUGCAAGAAUCACGGUUGCAUUACAAGAGAUGGAGGAGGAGUUACCCACAGAGAUUCAGGAACGCUGUCAAAUAGUGAAACUUGCCAACAGUGUUACAUAUGAGAGAAUGCUUAAAGGAUUAGAAAGACUUCAAAAAAAGAGUCAAGAAGGUGGGUCUAAUUUGACAAAUGUCUUGUUGGGUCAAUCCGACUUAUCUACACCUCAAUUGAUGGACGAUAUACAGUUUUUUGAUGAGACAUUGAAUGAUUCACAAAAGGAAGCAGUGCGUUUUGCUCUAGGCUCACCCGAAAUUUCAUUGAUCCAUGGUCCACCAGGUACUGGUAAAACGUAUACAUUAGUAGAGAUCAUCAGACAAUUAUCCGUGAAUCAAAACAAACGAGUUCUUGUAUGCGGUCCAUCCAAUAUCUCUGUUGAUAAUUUAGUUGAGAGACUUGCUCAACACCGACUCAAUAUUGUCCGUAUUGGUCACCCUGCUCGUGUCUUACCUUCGGUUGUGGAUCAUACACUGGAUGUCAUUACACGUACCUGUGACUCGGGCCAAAUUGUAUCUGAUGUGCGAAAGGAAAUGGAUGAAACUCUGUUAAAGAUUCGAAAAUCUAAGAAUCGGUCUGAAAGAAGAUCCAUGUAUGGUCUAGUCAAAGAUCUUCGAAAAGAUUAUAGAGUGAGAGAAAGAAAGGUAGUGGAUGAAGUGUUGACAAGUGCUCAAGUUACCAUCUCUACUUUAAACGGUUCAGGAAGCAGAAAUAUGUGGAACCGUGAAUUUGAUGUGGUUAUUAUUGAUGAAGCCACACAGGCAUUGGAAGCUGAAUGCUGGAUCGCUUUGCUUAAAGCAAAAAAAGCUAUUUUGGCAGGAGAUCAUUUACAGUUACCACCCACGAUUAAAACGCCUAUUAAACCGAGCAGCAAGCCUAAAAAGAAGGGCGGCAUGUCUACCGACUCUGACCUUUCCACCACUUUAUUCGAUCGAUUGUUGAGCAUGUAUGGCGACCGAGUGAAGCGCAUGUUGAUGGUUCAAUACCGUAUGCAUCAAAAGAUUAUGGAGUUUAGCUCCAAGGAGCUGUACGAUAAUAAACUGGUAGCCGAUAAAAGUGUAGCAGAACAUGUAUUAGCUGAUCUUCCCGGUGUCACCAGUUCAGAGAAUACUGAUGUUCCACUGGUUAUGAUGGAUACCAGUGACACAGGUCUGGCACACGAAAUGAUGGAUGAUGCACAAGAAGAGCAAAGUAAGGCAAAUGAACUUGAGGUAGAAUUAACCGUGUAUCACAUCAAAGCUUUAUUGGAGGAUGGCUUAGAACAGGAUCAAAUUGGGGUUAUCACUCCGUAUGCAGCACAAGUGUCGAAAUUAAAAAGGGAUAUUCGUGAACACUGGCCCAAUAUUGAAGUGGGUACCGUCGAUGGGUUUCAGGGACGUGAGAAGGAAGCUAUCUUGUUAUCGCUUGUGCGAUCCAAUGACUCUGGUGAGGUUGGAUUUCUUGCAGAGAAGCGAAGACUCAACGUGGCAAUGACAAGAGCCAAACGACAUUUAUGUGUAAUUUGUGACUCGGAGACUUUAUUAGGGACAAAAGGAGGAUCCAAACCUACCCCACGUUUUGAUGGAGGUUUCUUGAAACGAUGGAUGGAGUAUCUAAGUGACGAAUCUGAUUUAAGAUUUAGUGAGUUUGUAACUUCAGUUUAAUAGAUAAAUAAAAAAAAAAGAUAGCUGGGGAAACACCAAGAUUGAAUCACCUGUUUGUGUGUGUGUUAUGUGUUCA